UCUAUAUUGUAGUUAUCGUAAAUAAGAAUGGCUUCAAGAAAGCUGCUACAUAUUUUUCUUCUCACGAUCAUAUUUUAUACAAUCAAAGGUGAUAGACUUGAUGAUAUGAGUUGGCAACCUGGUGAUAUUAUCAAAUGCAAAUUAUCUGGUGCUGCAGGUUUUUUUGGUUUCAAACAUUACAUGAUAGGGGGUGAUAAACCAAACCAUGUGAUAUCUGUUUUCAAUGAUGGAGGUACAAUAUCUAAUGGCGUGAUCUCCGACAUACAUCACAUUUACUUCACAUCUGGCAUUAACAGAGAUAAAUGCGAGAACUAUGGAAAAGGAUCACUAUCUAGGGAAGAGACGAUAAAAAGAGCUCAAAGAAUGGUAGGAACAACUUUCACAUAUGAUUUGUACCGUUGUAAUUGUCAACAUUUUACAAAUUAUUGGGCCAAUGGCUCAUCUGGAAAAUGGUAUAACAAUCAAUCACUCCAAACUUCAGCUCACUUUUGUCCAGUAUAAUAUAAGAAUUGUAUCAGGAACUUAGAUAUAAAAAAAAAUUGAUCUGGAAUUAAAAUAGUUGAUUUGAUAACAUUCUUUGACAAUGUUGUAGAAUGAAUUCAUGAAAUAUUCUUGAAAUAAAAACGCUUUCGUAUUUA